AUGCUGAAAGGCGCGUUGCAGGUGUUGUUGUUGAUGCUGGCUGGAAUAGAGGAUUUCCUUGCUGUCGGAUGCGUCUCUGAUACAGAUGCUGGCGAAGUUGUUCGCUCGCAAAUCGAUGUGUCUGAACUGAAUGUUGUGUAUGAAGUGGAUAACGUGUCCCGAACUGUUGAUAAGGCUGAUAGGGUUGAUAGGGCUGGCAUGUUUGUUGUUGCAGCUGAUAGGGGCUAUAUAUCGAUCGGGUGUAUCGCUGUUGAUUUGGCAAUGGCUGAAACUGUUGCCCUUGACUUGUUGGGCUCUGUGGGAAGCCUAAAGAUGAUGAGGAGUAUGGCUGUUGAUGUGCUUGUAGCCGUCUUCCGACUGAUGCUUGUUCCCGCUGAUGUUGAUGGUAAUGAUGUGAGGAUGCCCCCAUAG